AACACUUCUCCAGAAAUGCACGGUUUCAUGUCGACGGGCUCUUUCGAGCUACCCAAUUACUACUCUCAUCCGUCUAGCAGAGAGGAGGCUGAUCAGGAGGCUAAGCAAUCCAGUUUUACGGAACUUCAGAAGGAAGAGAUAGAGAUAUUCUGGAAUCAGCAACUGUUUGAAAUUCAAAACACAACAGUGGCAAAAGCACAUCACGAACUCCCUCUUGCCAGGGUCAAAAGAGUCAUGAAAUCUGAUGGACAAGUCAAGAAGGUGAGCUCGGAGACUCCGGUUUUGUUUUCGAAAGCAUGUGAGCUUUUCAUUAUGGAGCUCACACUUCGUUCAUGGCUGCACACUGAAAGAAGCAAGAGGCGCACGUUGCAGCAUUGUGACACUGCCAGGGCAAUUAUGCAGGAUGAGCUUCUUCACUUUUUAGUUCACGCUGUUCCUCCGCUGAACUCCGUCGUACGUGACUAUUUUGAAGAUGAUGAAUGAUUAAAUUCCGUUUCUGCUAGCGGAAUUAGAGCUGUUCUCAUAGACCAGCUGGAUAGGAAAUUUUAUUUUAAUUUAAUUCCUAGAUUUAUGAGCGGAGUUUGUUAUUGUAUGAGAGGGUGCAGCAAAGUGAUGAAGUGAAGGUUUCGAAGAACAGUAUAAAGCAUGGAGGUUGGGGGCCUUUCCAAGCCACGGGAUAUUCAAUGAACAUCCCUUCUGCGUCUCAGUUUCCUUUUCAUUUCUUUCAGUUUAUUGUUUCAGUGAGAAUUUUGGACGUGAUAUAUAUACUGCGGCUUCUUGAUGAAUUUCCUUGAGCUUUAUCUGGAUACUUAUGAUAACAGAGAAAAGAAGCUAGGAUUUCGAGA